UUGGAGAACAUUCAACACGUGGGUGUGUUAAAAUUGGAGGGUUCCAAGAACUGGAACGUGUGGAAACUCCAGAUGAAAGUAUUGUUGCGUGGACAAGAAUGGCUGGAUAAUGGCUGGAUAAUCGAAAAUCAUGGAGAACAAACGGCUUGGGCAAAUAAGGAUGCCAAGGCGCAAAGUCUAAUAGUAACGCGGAUGACUGAUGAUGUGAUGCUACAUAUAAUUUCUUGUUCUACAUCAGCGGAGAUAUGGAGAAAAUUAUUAAGUGUGCAUGAACAGAAAACAGAAACUAGUAACCACAUUGUACAACAGAGGUUCUUUCAGUAUAAAUAUGAUAAAGCUGCUGACAUGUCUGUGUUCUUACUUCUUAUCAAAAAUCCAAGAAUUGCAGUGUCAAUUGAAGCAAAUGGGUGA